AUGCAAUAAAUAAAAGGGCUGUUCACUAAUUUGUUAGAAAAUUUCGAAUAAAUGAUUUCAAAUAUCGAUGGUCUCCAAAUAGAGAUCAUAAAAUAGCUGCUCGAAGAGACAUUAGAGUAGAUGUAUGAGAUUCACACUCAACUGAAGGAAUCAAAUAAUCCUACACCUGAGAAGAGUUCUGUUCCAAGAGCAACUCAAUAGAAAAUUUAAGACUAAUAAACUGCGUUAUAACAUUAGGAGAGUGAAAUAGGACAUCAAAAGUAAGAAAUAUCACAACUUAAGAAUAAAAUUAUGCUAUAAAGAUAUUUGUAUAUCUAAUAAAUUCAAUAUUUAGAAUAUAAUGAACUCCACGAAUUAACAAAGAAACAGCAGGAUAAAAGUUCCAAUGAGAAUAAAAACAUGAAACAAUUCUAUCUUGAGAUCGCUUAAUUAAAAUAAACAAUUAAGUAGCAAGAUGAUGAAUUGAGAGUGCUUAACUAAUAGAAUAGCGAUUUAGAAGAUGAAAUACAACAAACAAAGGAAAACCUAUUAAUUUAAUUGGAGAAUAAAGGUUAAGAAUUGGAGAUCAAUCAUCAACAAUAUUUAUCAAUGGAGAAGAAAUAUUAGGCAGAAAUCUAGUUCUUAAAUUAGAAGAAUUCGGAACUGACCCUUUUGGAUUAGUAAUAUAAAGAAUAGUUCUCAAAAUAAUAGGAAGAAUUCGAGAGAUUUUAAAACCUAUUCAAAGAAAUUUAAAACAAAAACUAAUUUAAAUAAUAAAGUAAUGAUUAGUUGAUUGAAUUGUAAAUUGAAUUUGAAGAAUACUAAACUAAAGCAGAAGAAGAAUUGUCAGCACAAAAGUAAUUAAUUAAAGAAAUGAAUACAACUAUUAACUAAAAAAAUUAGGAAAUUAUCUUGCAGAUUUCUCAAAUUAAAGAUUUAUAAUAAUAAGUUGAUAAUAAAGAUUAGGAUUAAUUUUAGGCAAUCAAAGAAAAAAAUUCAUAUUAGUUAACUUUAAAAUAAAUGGAAUAGCGUUUUAAGAAGUAAUUGGAAGAUUAUUAAGAAGAGUUUGAGAAUUUAAAGUAAUUGAUUGAAGAAUAGACAGAAAUGAAUAAAUAAAACUAAAUUAGAUAUUCAGAGUAAGAAGAAUUAGUGAAUAAUCAAAAGCAAAUAAUCGAAGAUUAUAUCGAAUAAAUUUAGAAUCAUUAGUAAGAAAAGAAAAAGUUUAAUAGAGAAAUCGAAAAAUUGAAAAUAAUAAAUGAAGGCUUACAAGAUUAAAUUGAUUAAGUAAAUAAUUAGAAUCUCACAGCCAUUGAAACUUCAAACAAAGAAUUAAGAUAUCAGAAAGCCCUUGUUAAGUAAUUAGAAUAAGAAGUUAUCUAAUUAACUUCAACAGUUAAAGCACAAGAACUUUAAGUCUAAGAUUUAUAAGAAUAAUUAGCCUAAGCAAAUAUAAUAUAAUAAUCAAAGGACUUAUAAUAUAGAGAAUUACAAUAGGAAAAACAAUAGCUAGAUAGAUAAUUGUAUUAAAAUGAAUUUAAUCUUUAAGAGGAAAUAAAACAUCUAGAGUUAAAAAUUACCUAAUUUUCAGAAAACAAGAGAAGGUUAUAAUAAUAAAUUGAAACACAAAUUUCUUAAAUCAAGUCUCUAUAGAAUGAAAAUUCAGACUUAUAAGAAUAACUUAAUCAAUUAAAUUAAAAUAUAGUUUAGAUGGAAAUACUAGAAUAGCAAUAACAGCAAAGUAUAUAAUUUUAGCAUGAAAAAAUUAAUCGACUAGAAACCCAAGUGAAAAUUUAUAAAUAAUAAUUAUAAAACUCAAAACCCUUAUCUCAUUCAUUUAGAGAUUCUUACAAGACUCCUGAGAAGGAUAUAUUAGAAACUUAUGAAUAAAGAUUGUAGAUGAAAUAAAAAGAGAUAGCUAAACUUUAAGAUAUGUAUUAAUAAGUAAUAGAAUAAAACGAAUUACUUCAAAGCUACACUGAAAAAAAACAAUAUAAAAAAAGUGAUUAGGAAUUUGAUAAAGAAUUUAGUUCAUAAAUUGAAAGUAUUCUGGAAUCAGAUGUCAUUGAAAAUCCAGAUUAAGAAAGGGUUAAACUGCAAACUAUUAUUAAAAAUAUUCAAAAGAAAACAUAGAAAAAUUGA